UCGUGUGGUUCGGUCGCUACAGCUGGUUAGUGUGUGUAUACAUUGACAUUACGAGUUGUUUUACGAUUUCUUGAACGAGUUGCUUUCACGGCACUUCUUUUUGCACAUUUUAACAUCCUUAUGGCUAACAGAAGUAGUGAUAAGGAAUUCCAACGAAAUGGACCGUGUUUGGUAUGCAAAAAGAGCAGUUUUAACACAUGCAGCCGGUGCGGUGAAUUUUACUGCUCCAAACAGUGUCAAAGGGUUGAUUGGCAUAAGCACAAAUACUAUUGCUUUGAUAUGCCGGAAUUGAUUAUGAAAUCGCCGGAUUCCAGUGACCAGCAAUUCAACGACAUUCGAUUUCAAAGUGACAAUCGCCGAAUAUUGCAAAAUCUGCGAGGUGGUGAACACCGUUUCGAAUGGGUGGAAUCAAUCGAACGAAGCCGAACUGCUCUCGAGUCAAAUGAAAAGAUCGGAUGGACUCCACAAAAACGUGUCGUUUUCAACUUUGGUGAUUAUCCCCGAAACAAUGACGACGUCAUAAUAACUCACGUACGGCAUGCGAAUUCGUUUUACAUACGCACCUGUAGCAGUGACAUUGAAUUUGAGAAGAAUGCGAAAGACUUUGAUGAUUACGGCGGAAAGGGAAUGAAAUUGACGUCCUUGCCGCAAAAAAAUGAUUUGGUUUUGGUGCGAUUUGACGCUCGAUUUCAACGAGCCAUUGUUUUGCAAGAUGUGGAGAAAACCGACGACAUUGUAGUUGGCCUAAUCGACACAGGCAGAAAAGUUUCUAAAUCUCUUAAGAACAUGCGACAGUUAAGCGACGAAUUAAAAAGACGAAAACGAUACAACUUCGUUGUAACAUUGGACCACCUUCCACCCGGAGUAAUGUCAAUGCCAUUCAACGAAUUACGUAAGCUCGUGAACAACCGAACAGUUUUCAAAAUUAAAUUUUACGGACACGACUGGCAAACGGCUAGCAAUUUCAGACUACUGGAAAAGGAGAGCGGAUUACCAAUAGAAAAACUGGUGAAAUGUGAGUCGAAUGGGAACGACUCGAAAGUCAACAAUUCUGGUAAACUGCUGGUCAACACAUUGCCCAUGGGAAGAUUACCUUUAAGGGGUAAACCGCCCAGUCAUACGACUGUAAAAAGAACCGCUUCGACAACAAUCCAUUCGCCAAAUGCUGCAGAAAAACUAAUAAAAUCACUCCGGCCAAUAUCUUUUGCUGACCUGUGUACCGAAACUUUACCCAAGGUAGCGAAGCUGAUAAUUCUCGACAAUAGUUCCGCUAAUUUAGGGUAUGUUAGUGCUAUUGCCACGAAAAAUAUCUUAAAACUGGACGAUAUACAUAAUAAGGUUGGUGAAUGCGGCGAUGUCAUGCAUGACAUUUACAAACCCAAACUUGAAGAACUGUGUCUGGUCAAGUUUGAAGGGGAAUGGUACAGAGCCAUAAACUAUGGCUCCAAAUUUUUGCUCAUUGACUGGGGUUAUGUGGAGGAUAUUGACGCACGCAACAUAAGACGUUUUCCUGAGAAAUUGAAAAUUCCAUGCUACACGUUCGUUUGUCGUGUUCAAAAUGCAGCACAGCGUCUGGCUCAAGAUACAACGCAAAUUGAACGAUUAAAGAAAUUGCUAGACAUCCAGAGCGAACAUCCGGAUUGUUUUUGUGUUCACGUUGAAGGUGAACUAAUGGAAUAUAAUGUCACGUUUCCGAAACUUUCGAAUUUUUGUGACUAAAAAUUAAGUUUGUCUUUUUUGUGAAAAAUUUCUUUAUUAAAAUCAUUCAUUUUUCUUUAUUCUCUUUUUUGCUAUAUUUCCUUGAAUUUGUUUUUUACUUUUUUCGACCUUUUGAAAAGUCAAUUUGUUAUCAAUAAAGACAAAGAAAUC